CACCGUCGCCAUUCUCCGUACUCCUCGGUAGUUCAUAGAUCAUCGUAUCCGCCAGCCCAGGCUCAAAGUCGUCGGGCCACGCGUUGUGUAGCGUCAAGGACGUCUUCUCAUCCACCUCGGAAUUGACAGCAAAGAAUAGUCGCUCUCGAAGCAACCUUGUGAUGUACGCCCUCGGCUUUCUUUCCUCAAACUCAUUGAAAGUUCCCCAUUCGGCUGCCUCCUCGUACUCGCGAUCCAAAUUGUAGAAUGCGUCGGUGAAGCUCAGACAGAGAUGCUUGAGCGCCGGCCCGAAGCACUUGUACUGCAUGGGCCGACAACUCAAAUUGACCUUUUUCCCUAAUGAGAGAUGGGUGACGGAGAAGAAUAGGGGGUCUGAGAUCCAGGUAUAAUCGAAGGCCUCGUCGUUACAGACGACAUGUCCCCGAGGCCAGGCAGUGACAACGUUUCGGACCGAAUGAUUGCCCGCUCGCAGUCCAUCAAAGGCCUCCCAUCCAUCGAUGUAGAGCCUGCGGCAUUGUCGUAUGAGGAGGACUUUUCGAAUGGCGGGAUGAAGAUGGAAGGGGAUGUAGAAUUCAUACUCGUAUUUUGGGUACGGGAUAUCAGAGUCGGAUGGGAUGUGGGAUGGUCAUUCCAACUCUCGCUUGGGAUGCGAGUAUGUCUCCAUUUCCCGUGCGAGUGCCUUUGCAGAAACCUCGCAUCGAAGGUUAGGAGGACACGGGGACUGAGACUGGCAUACAUGAACGUCCCCGGCCUUCCAUAUUCCGUCGAAGAACGCCUUGUGAUUCUGAGCAUUGAGCUCGACAGCUUCGUACAGCCUCCAAGCAUUCUCGGAAUAGAUUUCUUUGGAGAGCGUGAUGAGGUUGAGGAACUGGCUUCUACUCUCGAGGGGGUCCUGGGCGAGAUAGCAGGCGUAGAUGAGAGAGAUGACUUCGGUGGGUAAAGGCGAGAGAGUGGUGAGUUCGGAGUGGAGCGGGGGGGCCUUCAAGGGCGAGGUGGACAUUGAGGGAUUCUGGGAUAUGUAUAUGUAGUGCGAG